UCUGGCGAACCCUAGCUGCCCUGUCCAUCCCAAUUCACUCCCGACCUCCCCAUUCCGUCCCCCAUUUCCCCAUCCGUGCAAGUGGAGCAUUGCGGCCAAAUCUGCCGUCCCGCUAGCCGCCGGCCAUGGAGGCCGCCGUAGCGCCAGCGGCACCCGCAGCGAAGACGGCACGGAGGGGCGACUGCCACGAGAGCGCCGCCGAUUUCAUCAGCAGGGUCCCCGACGCCGUCCUCUGCACCAUCAUCUCCCUCCUCCCCACCAAGGACGGCGGCCGGACGCAGGUCUUCUCCCGCCGAUGGCGCCCCCUGUGGAGCGCCGCGCCUCUCAACCUCGAGGUCCGCACCCCUUACCCCGGCCCCGGCGUCCCCGUCCGCACCUCCUCCGUCUCCCCCGAUGUCGUCCCCAAGGUAAUCUCGCAGCAUCCUGGUCCCGCCCGCCGAUUCUGCUUCCACGGCCUCCGCCCCGGCGACCUCCACGACCAGGCGGAGAGCUGGUUCCGCUCCCGGGCCCUCGCCAACCUUGAGGUGCUCGAAGUCGGCUACAAGGUCCACGGUGAAAAAUACUUACAAGAACUUAUUCUGGCAAGAAUUUCGCUGCCGCCAUCCGCCUUCCGCUCUGCACCUACCCUCCUCGUUGCCAAGAUCGGCUACUGUGAUUUGCCCCGAGAGAUGGUGCCGUCCAUGGGCUUCGACCUCCUCGAGCUUCUCUCCUUGAUCUCCGUUUCCAUCUCAGCGGACGUCUUCCGCGGACUGCUCUCUGCUUGCCGUGCCUUGAAGAGCUUACACUUGACCGAAGUUCGUGGUGCUCGUUGCCUCCAAGUUCGCUCCCCGACUCUUAGGAGUAUCUGCUUCCGUGACACCACUGGUAAAGUAGAGCUUGUCAUCGAGGAUGCGCCUCACCUUGUGAGGUUACUAAUGCCUUUUGGUGGCCGAGAUGAUUGUGGUACCAUCCGGGUAAUUUGUGCGCCUAAACUGGAGGUAUUGGGCCCUUUGUUACCUGUCGUCUCGAAGCUCCUAGUCUCACAGGGAAUAAGUUCAGCCGGCUUGGCAAACUCGGUGCACACCGUGAAGAUUUUGUCUCUCAGGUGUUCUGGAUAUGAAUUGGACGGAGUUCUUAAUAUCCUUAGGAGGUUCCCCUGUCUUGAGAAGCUCUAUGUCAUUUUCCACAAACACAAAGAGAUGGAUAAGAAAAUUGAGCCUCAGUAUGACCGACUACAUCCAAUUGAAUGCCUUCAAACCCAUCUCAAAACAGUGGUGUUUGAAACAUUCCUAGGCCAUGAUAAACAGCUUGAGCUUUGUUUUGAAUGCAAAAGUGCUAAACAAAAUUGAAUUUGAAGGAUUUUAUGGUGCCUACAACAGUGUAUCGCUGGCUUAUCAACACAGGCUGCUACGAGUAGAAGACAGAGCUUCUCGAGAUGCUCAAUUUGAAUUCAUGAAUAGACAUCGCAAUACUGUGAAUCAUCUCCGAAAGCAUAUCCAUGAUUUGUCAGUGGCUGACCCCUUCGAACAGCCAUAGACAGGGUUGAUGCCUGAAGAUUGCACUGUUCUUAGUCUCUUGUCCUUGUUUUUAAGACAAUAUUGAUUCCUGAAGAUCGCAUCAUGUUCCGCAUAGACCUGCUCAAUUUUCUAGCCUAAGGUUCCUCUGCAAUUCAAGUAACUUAUGAAGUUGCCACUGUUAACGCUGCAAGAGAUGCUUUUGGAUGCAAAAACAGUGUGGAAAAUUUCUGAUGGGGAGGGAUGCAAAAACAUCACUGCUGAAAGUUGUAACUGGUGACAGCUGGUAAGUGGUAACCCCAUCUGCCAAAAGUCCUACGGUCUUAUCCUGUGGAAUCGUUCGUGGUUUGGCUCUGCCUAAGCUGUACUAGGAACACAUCCUUGUGUUGAAAACUUAAUUGCCUUUUCAGUUAGUACAUGGAAAAAGCAGGAGAUGUUUAAUUGCU